GGAAAGGGGCUGAAAUUCCCUAAGCCUUCUGGAAAAGAGGGUGGUGAAUUCGCUCUGACGUUACAUGUCUCUGUAUUUUCAGUAUUUGCUACUACUAUCCGAAUCCGCUGCGAGUUCCUUCUGUAUUUAUAUUUAGUGUUUCGCGAGCAGGCAUCAGCUGUUUCCGUAAGACGUGGAGAUUGGUUAAACGAGUGGAGGGCACUCUGCUGCUGCUGGUUCUUCCAAGUUACUUGUCCACCCUUGGUUUCUGCGGCGGUCCCUUGUGAACAACCCAUGCAACAUGUAGCAUCACAAUGUGUUGAAUGAUCCCCCUGCAGUGAUGGUGGUAGUGAAGUAUGGCUGGGGGAGGGAUUUUGCUGUACCCUUGACAGAAACUUUUGCUGGCCUUACCUCAAGUAACAACAAAAUGACAAGUCGUGGAGUUCUUACUUGCCGCUUCAACUCCCACCACUUUCAGGAACGCAAUCUCAUUCUUGAUCAACCUGUGAAGAUUGGACGCUCAGUGGCAAGAGCCAAACCAGCUGCCAACAAUGCUAUUUUUGAUUGCAAAGUGCUGUCUCGAAACCACGCCCUACUGUGGUACGAUAGUGGCAAAUUUUACCUCCAAGACACCAAAAGUAGCAAUGGAACUUUUGUCAAUAAUCAUAGACUCAGCAAAGGUGGUGAUGAAUCGACCCCAAGAGAAGUCUGCUCUGGAGAUAUUGUGCAGUUUGGUGUCGAUGUCAUGGAGAAUGCAGGCAAGGUGACACAUGGUUGUAUUAUUGCCACUCUGCGUUUGUAUUUGCCUGAUGGCAAAGAGGCAAAAGCCAGUCCCUCAACUGUAAAUUCUCAGGAGACUGUUGGAUUUGAGGAACUUUAUGCGCUUAAUAGUUAUCUUCAAGAAGCUCUUCAAAGAGAGAGUCAAUUAGAGAAGAAACUCAACACUUUACAACGACUUUUGGAUGACCUAAGAAAAAGUUGUGAUCUUGGUUGGAAAGCUCUUAUUGAUGAAGAUCGCUUGCUCUCUCGUGUUGAAAUACUGGAGUGUCAAUUGCAGACAUUUGCUAAAAAUGCCACAGAAGAUAUUCUACGAGAAGAAUUGCGUAAAUUACAAGAAGACAAGAUCAAUUAUCAAGGGACUGCCAAAGAAGGCUUGCAAAAGAUCUUAGAGGAAAAGUUAGAUGCUGUUCAAAAACUGCAAGACCUAGAAAAUUCAAAAGCUAGUGUGGAAAUUCAGUGCAAUGGACUGAAACAGCUUCUUGCUCGAAGCCAACAAGAUUUGAAGGAACUUGCUCAGAAGUACAGUCAGCAAUCUGCAAAAUUGAAUACCACAGAGGAACAACAUCAAGAAGCCCUUCAAACCUUGGAAGAGGAGAAGAAACUGUUGCAGUCUCAGCUAGAAGAGCAAAUCAAAGCAGAGCGUGCUCUUCAAGCAAAGCUUGAGCGUCUUCAAGCUGACGGUGAUCUUACUCAGCAGCAAUUGGAAGCUGUGCAAUCCCAUCUAGCUGGGUUGGAUUCUGGAGUCACAAUGGAUCUAAUCUUUCAGCGUAUCAGUGAUACUUUGAAGGUAGAAAUGGAUAACACUGAACUUAUUAGUGAAGAGGACCAAAUAUCCAAAAAGGAGCUUGAUAAUGCUGGCAACAAUACCAACUCCAUCCACAGGCUUAAAGCCACAAUUGCCAUGCAAAAUGAGAUGUUAGCAUCUAUGAGGGAAAAGGAGAGAGAAUAUGAAAAACAAAAUGAGCAGCUAGAUGCUGAACUAAGAAAGGUGCAAGCAGUGAUGGAGCGAUUGAAAGACAACAAGGAAGAUUCUCAAAGCCAGGUGAACAAUAGAGAGAGUGAAGAAACCGAAGUCCUGAAGAAAUUUCAGUGGGAAGCUCAGCAAAAUGAGAAGCAGCUUCGCAAUGGUGUUGAAUUUGUGGCUCAGCUGGAGGCACAACUUACAAAGCUACAUCAAGAUGAAAAGUAUGUUAAAAAUGGCCCUGAGAGUGUAGCUCAACUUGAAGGGCAGAUUGCUAAAUUACAACAGGAGCAAGAGCUUCAACAGCCCCGUCUUGAAGAACGGAAUGAGCAAUGUAAGCGACUCAUCCUCAAAGUAGAAGAGUUGGAAGAAGAAUUAGUUGUGCUUCGUGAACGCUUCUCACAAUGCAACGUUGAGCGUACACGAAUGUCUCAGGAUCUGCGUAAUUUACAAGCUUGUUCAGGACAAACGGCAGCUUCUAAGCUUCUGAUGCCUGGACUAAUUGUUAUGUUUGCUAUUAUUGUAUUCUUUUGGCUUCAUUUUUAAGCAUCCGCCAGCUACCGUUUAAAUAUUUUUUGAAUCUUUUUCCUUAAUCAUGCUCAACCCUUAGUUGCCAUAUCGAAGAGUAAGAAACUGUACAUAAAUUAAGUUAUUGGGAGUGUCUUUGUACGUUCAAUAAAUGCUGUUUGUUACUGUGAUUGAUUGUUCCAAUAACCAAUACCUUUGCUUGCAUAGGAUAGGUCUGUCUGUACGUACCAAAAAUUAUAUUCAUAAUAUUCUGUAACUUUGCAUGAGUGGUGGUGUUUUGUUGCUUUAAGUGGUGUGUUGGAAUAUCAUAUAACAAGGCAUACAAAUGAAUGUAUUUUGAAAGGUCACUUGAAAUGUUCUCUUAUGCUUUGAAGGUAAGUUGUUGUUUGUCUAAGUUUCUUCUCCUUUUAAAGACUUUUGCUUUAUCUAUAAGUAUUUUUAAAUGAGAUGAAUACUCCAUGAUUUGGUCAUUUUCUGGUUUUCUUUCCUGGGCCCACUGUGAUAUAAAUAUUUUUGAGUACAUUCACAUCCUGUAAUUUUGAGAGCCAAGGCUAACUUAAAAGAUCAUUUCUUAAAUUUAGGGACCUGACUGUUUGAAAGAAAAAAAAAGUUUUAUUUAUCUUCAAUUUGGCAGUUUCACUCUAUUUAUGAUUUUCCCUCCCUUCUUAUUUGUUGUUAUUUAUCAUUAUUAAAUGUUGUAUUUUGUAUUGUUAUCAAAUUGUGUUGGUGUCUGUGUGUAGUGUUGCCGUUUCUGUCAUAUGAGUCCAACUGGCUCUUAUAGUAUACUCUAGGUUUUAGUUACCAUGUGUAGCAUCAUCUAGUCUCUGUAAGGUUUUCCUUUUAAAGAAUUGUAAAUGGACAAGUAACAGGCAAAGACUGUACAGGAUGCACUAUUGUGUGAAAUUCUGUGUUCAGUUAUGUAGAUUGUGGAGCUCCUAAUUAAACUUUGUGUUUCUUUCUGAUUUGAA